CAUAGCGUCGCUCCGUCACAUUUUAUGCGCUCCCUCCCCAUCCCAGUAUGCUCUCUCCCCUUCCGAACCCGCUUCCAGCGUCGCGGGCCCCCACGACAGAGAAACCCAUCCAACCUCCGCGACCUGCAACCAGCUACCAGCCAGAAUGCCACCCUCGCUGGGGGACUCUGGAACUGCCAGUCGGCAACCCGAAAAGCCGACUUCAUCUCCGCCUACGCUUCCCACCUGUCUCUCCAGUUCCUGGCCCUCACAGAGACCUGGAUCAGCCCUGACAACUCUUCUACCCCAACCGCGCUAUCCUCCUCAUUCUCAUUCUCCCACACACCCCGGCCAUCAGGCCGUGGUGGUGGCACAGGUUUACUUCUCUCCCGCUCCUGGAAUUUCUCUGCUCUCCACUCUCACCUCUCUCUGUCCAGUUUUGAACACCACUCUGUACAUGUGACUCACCCAUCUAACCUGUUUAUUUCUGUCAUCUACCGCCCCCCAGGUCCCCUGGGAAAUUUUCUGGAAGAGCUUGACAUCCUGCUCAGCUCCUUCCCUGAGAAUGGUGCCCCCCUCAUCCUCCUCGGAGACUUCAAUAUUCACCUUGAAGCCUCCCAGUCUGCAGCCUUCCUUCCACUACUCCACUCCUUCGACCUCUCCCUCCAGCACUCUCCCCCAACCCACAAGGCUGGCAACCUCCUCGACCUCGUAUUUUUGAGGAACACCACCUGCACUGGCCUAAACGUCACCCCUCUCCAUACCUCUGAUCAUCAUUUUGUUUCCUUCUCACUCCCCCUUCCCUCCCACCCACACCCCUUCUCUCCACCCAGCCCUACUGUCUCUGUCCGCCGUAACCUGUGCGCCCUUUCUCCCUCCUCUCUUGUCCCUUGUGUCACUGCCUCCCUCCCCCCUCUUGAUGUCUUCUCUGCCCUUCCCUCUGACUCGGCCUCUGACACCCUGCUAUCAUCACUCUCCACUGCCAUUAAUACCCUCUGUCCUCUUGUCUCCAGGCCCACACGCCCAUCUCCUCCAUGCCCGUGGCUGACUGACGUUCUGCGAUCUUCCAGGACUGCCCUGCGUGCAGCAGAGCGGAACUGGAAGAAGUCUAGAAUGCCAACGGACCUCUCUGCCUACCAGUCCCUACUGAACUCCUUCUCCUCAGCAGUUGCCACUGCCAAGGCAACAUACUACCACUCUAAAAUACACAAAUCUAUUGCUAACCCCAGGCAACUGUUUUCAAUUUUCUCCUCUCUCCUCAGUAAACCCUCACCUCCAACUCAGACCUCCCUUACUGCUGAAGACUUCGCAGCCUUCUUCGAAGCAAAGGUCACACUCAUCCGCAGCUCCCUUGACCCUCCCGACUCCCACCCUUCCCUCCCCCCAUCCCCUCUAUGACCCUCCCCACAUUCUCCACCUUCUCCCCACUCUCUCUCCCUGAUGUCUCCCAACUCUUGCUCUCCCACCGUCCCACCACCUGUGCCCUUGAUCCCCUCCCCUCUACCCUCCUCCAGCUGAUCUCACCAGAGAUCAUCCCCUUCAUCGCCCACCUGAUUAACUCCUCCCUGACUUCUGGCACCUUCCCGUCAUCUUUCAAAAGAGCCCACAUCACCCCCAUUCUGAAGAAACCAACACUGGACCCCUGCCUCACCCAGAACUACAGACCGACACUCAGGUCUCCGAUCGCAUAUCCGCCUGCCUGAGUGACAUCCAGAGCUGGAUGACCAAACACCAACUCAAGCUCAACACAAGCAAAACGGAACUUCUCCAUAUUCCUUCUCUUACCUCUCCCACUUCUCAUCUGCCCAUUUCUUUAGGAGACACUCCCCUACACCCUUCGCAGAGUGCCCGAAAUCUUGGAGUUGUGCUGGACAACAGGCUGUCACUCUCUGAGAAUAUCGCGGCAACCACCCGGUCGUGCAGGUUCAUCCUGUACAAUAUCCGCAGAAUAAGACCACUCCUCACCAAUUAUUCCACACAGCUCCUGGUCCAGGCCAUGAUACUGUCACGUCUGGACUACUGCAACUCCCUCCUGGCUGGCCUCCCAGCAUCAGCCACCAGACCCCUUCAGCUCAUCCAGAAUGCAGCAGCAUGUCUGGUUUACAACCUCCCUCGUGACUCCCACGUCACUCCCCUCCUCAUCUCCCUCCACUGGCUACCAGUGCAAGCUCGCAUCCGGUUUAAGACACUGGUGCUUGCUUUCCAAGCAGUCAAGGGG